UACCUCUAGUUGAAUUUGCAAAGAUGGCUGGUAGUUUGUCACCUCUUGCUUUUAUUUCAGUAAUUACUUUAUUUUCAUUUGGAUGGUGCAUGAACUUCGAUGACAUUAUUGAAGACGGACUAAGUAAAUUAGAGAAUACUUCUGAAAUUAAUUUAUCUGUUUUAGAGCGAAAAAUAACAGAUGAAUCUAUCGAAAUCCAGGAAUGGCUCUUACGUAUAGGCGAGUUGGAGAGACAUGUGAAUGUUCUUAAAAAGGAUAAAAUGGAAGCAUUGCGGCGUAGGAAAAGAGCGUUAAAAGGUCCACGACUUGGCAUGUUCGUUGGAAAACCUGGACACACAGGUCGCCCUGGAACUCCUGGGAGGCCUGGAACUAUGGGUAAACGUGGCGAAAAGGGUCACAAAGGUAUUGCCGGUCCACCCGGACUACGUGGGCCCAUAGGGCCGUAUGGACCACCAGGAUGGAUAGGCCCUCCGGGAUUCAUUGGUGCAAAAGGAAAUAAAGGUGAAAAGGGGGAGAAAGGAUUCGAUGGUAUCACUGGUUUAACAGGAGAUGUUGGAUUGAUUGGGUAUAACGGAGAGCAUGGUCAGAUGGGUCCACCAGGAAUGAUGGGUCAUAUUGGCUUCCUCGGUAUGCCAGGCCCGCCAGGAAUAAGUGGAGAUAUGGGUGAAAUUGGAAGCAUUGGUAACCCCGGUGAACCUGGUCGACCUGGAGUUCCUGGUCCAGUAGGGAUUUAUGGAGAGCCUGGACUGAUGGGUGAAACUGGGUUAAUGGGACCACCUGGUGAAAUAGGAUAUAUGGGCGAUAAAGGGGAAAUUGGAAUGCCAGGAGAUAUUGGGCCAUGGGGUCCAGUUGGACUUCCUGGUCCUGUCUAUGAUCCGUAUGCAGCUAUGAUGGCUCCGAUGGUUGUUAUGGCAGAGGGAGCGCCUGGAGCAGAAAACUGCUCAGAUCUUGAUGGUGGUGUACGUAAUUGUUCAUCUUUUGAUGGAAAAUUGGCAAUCCAGUACAACAGCAAAUCUUUACCAGCCUUCUACCAUCCACCACCUGGAGCCCAUGUGAUGCCUGCUGAGCCGAUGAUGGAAAAAUCUCAAAUGGCGUAUGGACCGCAAGCUGGAAAAUCCCAGGCUAUGUAUGGACCCCCGGUCUAUGGUAAGUACUACUCAGCAGCAUACGGACAUAACAUUGAGUACUUUGAUGAAGCAGAUAAGGAUAUUUUGAAUGAAAAAGAUUUUAAUGAGCUUAUCAACAGUACAAAUCCAGAUCUCAAGGGUAAUGAUGAUGAUAAUGUAACUGAAAGUGGUAAUCUAAGUACAAGUGGCAAGGAACAAGCUCUUCUAGAUGAUAAUACUAUAGAAGAUGAAAACAACGGCGAAGUUGCCAACGUAGUAACAAGCACCAAUAAAACCAUCUUCACCUCUGAUGAAGUAAGCUCGGAAGAAGAAGAAGAGCAGACAUCCGCAGAAGACAGUGAGCAAGACUCUACAGAAAACUCUACAGAAGAAACCCAUUCAGAAGAAGAUAUUUCAAAAGAAGAGAGCAAAACAGGGUUAGAAGAAAAUAAACAAAACUUAGGAGGAAAUGGUUUGGAAACUUCAGACGAAACUGGGCCAGAGAUUGUACAAAACGUUAAGUAAGAAUAUAAGAAGGAAAUGUUGACUCCCGAACAAAUGAUCAGAAUCUCUACCAACAGAAUUUGAACAAAAACGGGUCAGUAAAUCAUAUGAGGAUAUUCAAGGCACAAAAUACCGAUUGUAUCAAGCAUUGUAGACUGUAUGAGAUGAAACAAACAAAAAUGCUGUACGAGAUUUAUUCAUUUGGUACCGUAAAAUAAACAAAAUCCCGAAUUUUCGUGAUAUAUUUAUUUUUUGCUAUUUGUAAAAGUGCAUUACUGUUGUAAUUAGUUUAUAUCCUUCCUCGCGAACUUUCUCUCAUUUUAUAAAAUAGCGAACUUCAACGUCGCGAAAAUAUCUGCUUUUACAGUUCAUUUGAAAAGACUUUGGUAAAAUUGUUUCAACUAUUCUUCCUAUAUACAUUUCAACGACACAUAAUUAUUUUCAACUGAUAGUAACGCAUUAUUUUGUGUUAACCCUAUUAUUGAUAUCAGUUAAUUGAGUUUUAUUACAUGUUUUUUUGGUAAAUUAACGAAAUAUUAGAAUGAAAUAUGUCUGUUAUUUUCACAGUACAAAAAAAAUCAAAUCAAAUUUUCACUAGUAAGAAACUAUAAAAUGGGUACAUAUAGUUAAAACUUGAAAUCAAGGAGAAUUUGUUUCUUUUUUAUGUAAUUUCAAAAUAUCAGUCACAUUUGAACACCAUACCUUACAUGUUCACUCGUGGUUAUGCAACUCAUGACACUAUUGCACCUUGUGUUCACUCUGGAAAGACAUUUCAAUCCUACCCUGGUACAAACUGAUAUCCUCUGUAUCUAUCCAUGUUUAAAAAGAAAAACUGGUAUAACUUUCA